AUGGUCCGUUUCACCGGCCUCACAAUGCUCCUCGCAGCCUUGUGCACCUUCCUCUUUGUCAUACCCACCCUCGCCUACUCCGAGAUCGACUACCAAGUCAUGCACUUCAGCUGCAUCAAGAAGGACUGGCGCAUCGCCAACGCCAUCGACCAGAUCUGCGCCAAGAACCUUCAUAUGCCCGGCUGGGACGCCUCCAUGGGCGUAACCUUUGAUGGCCACAACAAGGUUGCUGUCCUCGUUAACCCUCCCUGCUGGGGGGAUGGCCGUAUCAACUCCAACAGCAAUGUUUGGAUCCCUCAAUACUGGUGUCAGAGACAGUUCUGGCAGGUCUGUGCACAGGGUAGUCCCCAAGGUAGGGGUGUGCAAGUUUUCGGUGCCAGAAAGUGUCAGAGUUUCUGGAUCACGGAUAACAAGUACUAG